AUGUCACAAAGUGAAUCUCCAUACCUGUACAUCUACAAUGGUUUGGUCCUGAUCCACAUCAUAACAUCUUUGGAUGGUGAUGUUGAAAGGAUCCAGUCUAAUGGAAGACAACACACCGAUGAGAACAGAUACACAGAAAGAAGAGAUAAUCAACAAAUGCACAUCUUUCAGUGCCCCCAUUGUGAAAAGAGCUUUCCUAAGAUGGGAGCUCUCAAGAAACACCAGGCGAUCCACUCAGGUGAAAAGCCUUUUCAGUGCUCUGAUUGUGGAAAGUGUUUCAGUCGCAUUUACGACCUCAAGAUACAUAAGAGGAUCCAUUCAGGGGAAAAACCAUUUCAAUGCACUGAUUGUGGAAAGUGUUUUCAUCGCACUGGCGACCUUAAGAUACACAAGAGGAUCCAUUCAGGGGAAAAACCAUAUCAAUGCUCUGAUUGUGGAAAGGAAUUUAGACAAAUGUGUAAUCUCAAAGAUCACCGGAUGACACAUUCGGGUGAAAAACCAUUUCAAUGCUCUGAUUGUGGAAAGCGUUUUAAUCGAAUGAGUAAUCUCAAAGAACAUGGGUUGACACACUCGGGUGAAAAACCAUUUCAAUGCUGUGACUGUGGAAAAAGUUUUAGUCACAGUGGCGUCCUCAAGAGACACAAGAUGAUCCAUUCAGGAGAAAAACCAUAUCAAUGUUCUGAUUGUGGAAAGAGAUUUAGCAGAAUGCACAAUCUCAAGAUCCAUCAGACCAUCCAUUCAGGUGAAAAACCAUUUUAA